AUGCAAGCCAGCCCCAUCUAUAUCCCAACUGUUAACAAUGACAUUGACUGGGACUCCUGCUUCCAUCGGUCACAGCAAACCCCCAUCCCAGCACAACAGCAGACAGAUGAGUUGUACCCCACUUAUGGGUCUGAAGAGAGUGAAGAAGAUCCUGCAGUCCAGGAGGAGGAGAUAAGCACAGACUAUAUGUCUCUUCCCAAAGAAAAACUAGUUCAGUCCCAGAAGAAAAUAACUCAGCUGAUUAAGGAAAAACUGACUAUCCAAGCAAACAAGGAGCUGAUUCGGUGUGUCAUCCUUUCUCGAAUUGCUUUUGGGGAAGAACACUGGAAAUGUGCACAGGCUUUGACCAACCUGGCUUAUGGCUACCUGGUACUAAGAGGCCUCCCAGCUCAGGCCAAGAAACAUGCUGAAUCUGCCAAGAACAUACUGUUGACCUGGAAGGGAAAUGCAUCCUCAGACAAGGAGAAAAAGGAAAUCCUGGAAGCUCURAUCAUGCUCAACUACACUCUGGGGGUGAUCUGGCUCCUACAGAACCAUGGCAGAGAGGCCUAUUUCAACCUGCAGAAGGCAGACAGACUAAUGAAGGAACUGAAAGGAUUAACUAAGAGAGGCAUUUGUGGAUGUGGAUUAUACGUCUCAGAGAAAGACCUAACAAUAGCUUUGGGCAGAGCCUCAUUGGCCAUCCAUAGGUUGAACCUAGCUCUGGCAUACUUUGAAAAGGUAAUUGGUGAUGUCAUUGCUACCGAGGGUAAUGACACAUCAGAUCUGAUUAGUCUYUAUGAGGAAAUUGCCCAGAUUGAGCAGCUGAGGAGGAACCAUGAGCAGGCCAUCCAGUACUUGAAGCAGGCCUAUUCUAUCUCUGUUUCUUCAUUCACUGAAGUCAGCCCUCAAACUGCAGAGGCAAGUGCGUUACUAGCCAAAGCUUAUGCCAUGUCUGGAAAGCCCCAGCACAGGGAUGCUGUUGAGGCAUAUUUUAUAAAAAGUAUCAGUGCAUAUCAAGCAACACUGGGCUCAGAGGAUUAUGAAACAUUGACUACCAUUGAAGAAUUUUGCAAAUGGCUUGUUGAAAAUGGAGAUAAACAGGAGGCUUACAAACUGCUAAAGGCUUCACUGAAGUCCCAGAUCAUCAGCUAUGGUGACUGUAGCAAAAAGGUGGCUGAAACUUUUUAUAACUUGGGCAGGAUCUGCUUUGCCAAAGGAGAGCUCAGAAAAGCAAUUCAGCUGCUAAGGAAGUGUCUGAUGAUUCAAAUUCUUGUAUAUGGAAGUGAGCAUAGUAAAAGCAAAGAGACAAAAGGCCUCCUUACCCAACUGCAGAGGCAGAGUGCAGGACUUCAAAGAAAUGCAGGCUAUGGUAUAACAGGUGGAAAAGAAGCCGUAGGUGAACAUUCCAAGUAG